AUGUCAAAGCAUCCAACAACGCGCCCAUACCGACUAUACCCGGCGUACUGCUUCCAGUCAUCGCCUACGUACAAUGCCUGGGUGAAGCUCACUGCUGCCGAUGUGCACACUUUACGAUCAGAGCCCGAUUUCCAAGGCCAAAACAUAUAUUUCUACCUCAACCAUCCCAUACGUUUCGUACGUGUCGUUGGCGUCGUUGUAGCUAUUGACGACAUUAAUCUCAAGUAUUCGGCCCUCACGCUGGACGAUGGAAGUGGCGCAACUGUUGAGCUCAAGAUUGUGAGAACCGUUUCAGGAGAACAGGGCUCCAAGAAUCCUUCCUCAAACACCACUAUAAGCAACGUCAACGUCAUCAGUCAAUUUGGUGUCUUCGAAAUCACAGUCGAUCACCUUAGUCUGGACAUUGGCACAGUUCUGAAAGCGAAGGGAAUGAUCUCCGAAUUCCGUGGUGUGAAGCAACUGGAAUUGAAGAGAGUCCACAUUGUCUCUUCGACGAACGAAGAGGCGCAAGCUUGGGCAGAGACAGCAGCUUUCAAGACUACAAUUCUGUCUGUUCCAUGGCGCGUCACUUCUGCUCAGCAUAGCGAGAUCAAGAGCAAGAUCAAGGCAGAAAAGAAAAGGGCGAGGGAGUACGACAAACGCGUGCGUGAGUACGAGUUGAGGAAGGCGGAGCAUGAGGCCACAAGAGCAGCUCAUCAGGCGCAGAAAGAAACGAAGCGCGAAGCUCGACGGCGAAGGGAAGAGGCAAUGUUGAAUGCAGGAGCCUUAGUAUGA